AUGAUUGGGAAACUCAAAAUGAGUUUAGCCAAUUGGUUCGCUCUGCGGGGGCCAAAGCGCUUAUUCAAGAAGAAGGAACGCAAAAAAAUCGAGCGUGUGGGAGAGGAUUCUCCUCUCGUGGAACCCAUUCUUGUGGAAAGCUGUUGCAGCAACCUGCGAGUGAUGAUGGCCGAGUCUCAAGUUCCUGGUCUGAGCUCAAUGCUCCGAGGUCGUUCAAGAGUAAGAGUGUAUACGUGGGCCUUCUUCUAUAUAGUGAUGACCGUGGUUGCGCUUCAUUUUCUGCGAGUGCUGUUUGACGACUACUUCUCCUAUCCGAUAUCGGUUUCGAUUCGGCUGGAGGAUACCGCCGGUCUCUUGCUCCCGGCCAUCACGAUCUGUAAUCUGAAUCCGGUUCGCCGAACUCUGAUCUGCGGUGAGAACACAUUCACCUUGGCAAUUCCCGACGACAUAAAGGAUUAUCUGUGCAACGAAACCUACCGACACAUGAUAUCCGAUGACGGUGCGAACAUGGUGAACGACUUCACCUUCUGGCUCGCCAGCAGUCAACGCUUGGAUCGUGACGCCGUGAAGGCUCUCGGGCAUAACAUCCGGCGAAACGUUCGCAGUUGCACUCUUCAGGGAAGCAAAUGCAAUCUGAAUCCAGGGUUUUUCACCGACACUUUCAGCUCGACUUAUGGAAACUGCUUAACGAUCAAUAAACAGAAACGCGAGAGCGGUGACUUCGUAUUUUAUCGUCUCGGGAGGCCUGAACAGGGUCUCGAAUUGAUCCUUAAUGUGGAGAUUAACGAAUAUCUGCCGACGACAUCUGAAGCCGGCUACAUUGUGAUGAUUCAUCAGCAUGACCUUGAAGCAGACGAAGCUACCGACGGUAUAUUCAUCUCCCCAGACGGGACAACUUACAUCGGAGUAAAUGUGAGGAAGAUUGAGCGACUUGAGAAUCCGUAUCCUUCACAUUGUGUGUUCAAAUGGCCGAAAGAUUCGUUGAAACCCGAGGAGGAUAAUUCGUACAACCGUGCGAACUGUCUGAAAUACUGCUUGCAAGAAGCGAUCUUCACGAAAUGCGGAUGUGAAAGUGUUGCUCUGCCCACUCUCAGCAACGCUCGGAACAUCUGUGAUAUUAUCCAGUAUAAUGAGACCGCGAUGUGCUUGGAGAACGUCCGUGCCUCACAGGAACAGGGAAACAUCGAUGAUCUCUGCCUCUGUCCCCAGGCUUGCGUGUGGGUCUUCACCACGCCCUCAAUUCAGCUCGCGACAAUGAGGGGAGACACGUCGAUUUUCAACACACCGGCCCCGGUGAGACCAGCGCCGAGAUCUGCCUUCAAAGAAACCAGAGUCAAAAUGAUUGUAUAUUUCCAAAGUCUCAUCAUCGAGACAAUCAGACAAGUGCCUCAGUAUAACCAAGCGCCGAUAUCGCAGCCUGCCGGACUGAUUUCCAAUAUGGGCGGAAUCGUCGGAGUCUACUUAUCUUUCGGAUUCCUGGUCGUUUACGAAAUCCUCGAGAUCCUCUUCAGGGCGUCGUAUGUAGCCGUCGACUUCAAAGCACUCAGCCGACGGAUCAGGAAGAAAUCUAGCGAGUAUCACAAUAUUACGAUGCAAGGUGCCAGGGAAAUGAAGCGAAAAAUGGGCUUCCAGAACCGUCUUCGAGAUAUCGAAGUGGAACCAAAAUAUUUCAACAUCGAGCGACAUGUCUCGGGUCCACCAAGAUUACGCGUCUGGGAUUACCCUAGCCGGCGGCAAGACCGAGCGGAACUCGUGCCGGUUCACAGAGCUCCGGAGUUCAGGGUUGAUGUGAGGAAGUACAUUCAAAUGAAAGAACAUAUGAGAAGCCUCGAUGUGAGCAAUCACACAGGUGGUGACUUCUGA